AUGGGUUCGCCGCCUAUGCUCUUAAAUAGAUUUUCUUCUAUCAAGCUCGCUUUUUCUAUUGCUGAUCAAGAUACACAAGUUAAGCUUAAAUUAGCUAAUCGACUUUACGCACAGAAAUCAUAUAAACCUCAACAAGAUUAUUUAGAUCUUGUUCAGGGUUCGUUCAAAGCUGAUAUUAAACUUGAAGAUUUCGUAAAUAAUAGUGCUGCUGCUGUUCAAACGAUUAACGCAUGGGUUGAAGAUCAAACGAAUAAUUUGAUUCAAAAUUUACUUUCUCAAAAUGAUGUUAAACGUGAUACACGUUUGAUUAUAGUAAAUUGUAUCUAUUUUAAGGGCACAUGGAGAAAGCAAUUUGAAGAGCAUUCAACGAAUGAAAACGCUGAUUUUCAUGAAGCUAGUGGCAAUGUUUCAAAAGUCAAACUAAUGUUCAUGAAAGAAAAAUAUUUGUAUGGUGAAAAUAAAGAUUUACAUGUGCAAAUAGCUCAUUUACCAUAUAAGAGUGAUAAUGCGCGUGUUCAAUUCGUUUCCACUGUGAUCUUGCCACAGAAGGAUGUUUCAUUAAAUAGUGUUGAACAAAAAUUAUCAUCAAAGCCACAGCUAUUGCAACAAAUAUUGAACGAUGAAAAUACAAGAACGGAAGAGCUUCUUUUGUAUCUCCCGAAAUUCAAAAUGGAAGCUUCAUUUGAAUUGAGUGAUGUUCUUAAAAGGUUAGGAAUGGUGAAUGCAUUCAGUGACAGCGCAGCCGACUUUACUGUUUUAUAUGAUUUUGAAAUUCAAAAUCAACCAAUUGAAGAUUUAGAAAGUAAAACUCUUACGCUUAUUAUGAUGGGUUCAUCUGAGUAG